AUGGAGGGCAUAGACCAAACUGACCUCUGCAUCAAGGUUAGUCCGUUGUUUAAUGCGUCCAUGAAGACCUCUGCAACUAUAUAUGUUGAUGAAGAGCUGAGAAAGCCGGUGAUGGAAGAGCUAGAUGCUGGUGCGAGUAUAUCCUCUAUUGGGCAAAUAUCUGAUGUUUGUUCCUUGCCAGGGCUUAUUGGAGAUGUCAUAGGAUUACCAGACAUACACACUGGGUAUGGAUUUCCGAUCGGGUGUGUUGCGGCAUUUGACAUUAACAAUCCCGAAUCUGUUGUAAGUCCGGGAGGGGUAGGGUACGACAUCAACUGUGGGGUCAGAGCACUGAGGACUAACCUCGACAUAAAAUGCUUGAAAGAAAAGGCGGAAUCUCUCGCGGACGAAUUGUUUGGGAUAAUACCCACAGGAAUGGGAAGCGACAAAAGAUCGAGGAUAAGCUUAGGCACACUGAACUCGAUCCUAGACCAAGGAUUGGACUAUCUGUUGAAAUCGAAGGAGAUACCUGAUGAGGAUGUCGAAUAUUGUGAAAGCAAUGGCCAUAUGGAUGGAGACAGCCGCCUGAUCAACCAGAAAUCAAAGGGGAGGGGGCUGAACCAGCUCGGGACUCUUGGAUCUGGGAACCAUUACUUAGAAGUGCAGUAUGUUGAUGAGGUAUACAAUGCAGAGAAGGCAGAAGUAAUGGGGAUAAGAAAGGACCAAAUAGUACUGAUGAUCCAUACUGGGAGCAGAGGUCUUGGGCAUGGAGUGUGCCACGACUCAUUAAUGAAAAUGGCGGGAAAGAACGCCGAUCACUCCCAACUUGCAUGUUCUCCCUACAGUUCUAAGGAAUCCCAGGAAUAUCUUCUAUCCAUGGGAUGUGCAGCAAACUUUGCCUUUGUCAACAGGGCCGUGAUAACCAAGAAGGCCAGGCAGGCAUUUGAGAAGGUGUUUCCUGGAUCAAGACUCGACUUGAUUUAUGAUGUUUGCCAUAACAUUGCAAAGGUAGAGAGCCAUAGGUCCCAUGGAAUGGAAUAUGAUGCCAUUGUACAUAGGAAAGGAGCAUCAAGAGCAUUUCCCCCAGGACACCCGGAUAUUCCAUGGAAGUACAAGGAGAUAGGGCAGCCGGUGAUAGUGGGGGGAUCCAUGGGGACAUACAGUUACAUCCUAUGUGGCUCCGAGAAAUCCAUGGAGUUGAGCUUUGGAUCUACAUGCCACGGGGCAGGUCGCGUCCUCUCUAGAAGCAGAUCGAAGGACCUGUUUACUCACAAGAACGUGUGCGAUCUCCUAAGGAGUCAAGACAUAGUAUUCAGAUGCCCCAACGAUCCCGGGAUGGUUGAGGAAUCACCUGGAUGCUACAAGGACAUCAAUAGAGUUGUUGACUUAAGCGAUAGAAUUGGACUGACAGAGAAAGUUUGUCGGAUGAAGCCAUGUCUGGUUAUUAAAGGAUGA